GCUCGGACAACGUAUCUAGGUAAUAAAAACAUCUUAGGGUGAAACCAACAUAACCGUUUCUCUCACCCACCUUGUUGUAUUAGAGGUAACGCGUUUUUACUAUUCGAGAAAAAAAAAUAGUUGCUAGGUUACCAAAUUUUGAAACCAAUACAUUAAACGUAGUAAUUAUAUUUUCCAUAUAUAUUAUAUUAUUCUCUUUGGAUUAUAUUCCACUUUUGCCUGCUUUUUGUCGAUACACAUGAAAUAGCUCAAAAACCCAGGGAACCCGAAGAAAAUUUAUAAUAAGUAAGUACUACUGAAAAACACCAUUUAAAAUAUUAAAACCAAACAAAUAGUUUAAUGUAAUACUAAAGGAAGAACCAGAGCAAAAAGCAAUACCUGUGUAAGGCAAAUAGGAAAAACCCAGAGUGUUUAUCAAAACUAGUGGUACCAAAUCACAAUUAUUAUUACAAAGAGCGUAACGUAAAUAAAAAUUUGGCUAAGUACUUACUUGAUAUAAAAAACGGUGUCCCAUGAAGACUACGAACACAAGUAAUUUAUUAAAAGGCUACGUAUCCACAUUGAAAAAAAGUACCAUUUAUACCAAAAUAGUAUAUCGGACCGUCAAGUAAAUAUUAAACCUAAAAUGUUAUCAAUUCCCGAAAAAGCUACACAAAUUGUAGAACAAAUUCUUUCUCAAGCUGAUAGCGAUAGUUCUCGGACAAUUUUUUUUGUUGGCAGUAAAGACGUGGGGAAAUCAACACUAAUUAACGCGUUUAUGAACAAGACAGAAAUACCUAAAGAAACUUUACUUUUAGAAUACUCUUUUGGAAGGAAAUCCAAUUCAAAGCAACACAUUGAAAAAAAUGUGUACCACAUUUGGGAAUAUGGAGGAAAAUUAGAAACACUGAAUAAUAUUUUAUUAACUCUACCAGUAAAAGGGCAAUUUUUUUACUGCAUAUUUUUUGAUUUAAGUAAGCUAAAACGCUUAUGGGAAACUGUAGAAAAUUGUGUUAACGCAUUAAAUGAACUGCGUUCGAAAUCAGACGUAGAAUCAACAUGUAUAAUGAUAGGUGGUAAAUAUGAUUUGUUCAAAAAUUAUGAUACUGAGGUAAAAAAAAUUGUGUGCACAACACUCAGGAGUGUAGCAAUACUUCAAAACGCUCAUUUGCUUUUUUAUUCCUCAAAAGACUCAGCAUUAUUAAAAUACACAAAAGAUAUGCUAAAUAAUAUAGGUUUUGGUAAUGGAAUUCCAUUUAAGGAAAAAAAUAUAAAUUUCAUGAAGCCGCUCAUCGUUCCAAAAGGCUCUGAUAAUUGGGAAAGUAUUGGAAUAUCUUCGAGUACAUUUGAUGAGGUGAAACUUCGCUACAUAUCGAAGAUUGGUACGGACCCGGUGAACAAAUUAUCUGUUGCUACGAAAUCUCAAAAAUCUUCUCAUCCAGAAUCUUCUGUGGACUCACUUACGAAAUUAAAAUAUGAUGAGUUACGUACUUCAGAUUUAUUAGAUAUAACAAUUAACGAUUAUUUACAAUCUAUAAAUAAACAAUAGUAUGUAAUUUUAACAUUUUA